ACAGUUUGGAAUCCAAAGAUUAUCUCCAGGUUUGUCUUCGAGUAAGACCAUUCACACAGUCAGAAAAAGAACAUGAGUCUGAGGGCUGUGUGUAUAUUCUGGAUUCACAGACCGUUGUGCUGAAGGAUCCUCAAAGUAUCCUUGGUCGGUUAAGUGAGAAAAGCUCUGGGCAGAUGGCACAGACAUUCAGUUUUUCCAAGGUUUUUGGCCCAGAAACUACACAGAAGGAAUUCUUCCAGGGUUGCAUUCUACAGCCAGUUAAAGACCUCUUGAAAGGACAAAGUCGGCUGAUUUUUACUUAUGGGCUAACCAAUUCAGGAAAAACUUAUACAUUUCAAGGCACAGAAGAAAAUAUUGGCAUUCUACCUCGAACUUUGAAUGUAUUAUUUGAUAGUCUUCAGGAAAGACUGUGUACAAAGAUGAACCUUAAACCACAUAGGUCCAGAGAAUACUUACGUUUAUCACCAGACCAAGAGAAAGAAGAAGUAGCUAGCAAAAGUGCAUUGCUUCGGCAAAUUAAAGAGGUUGUUAUGCAUAAUGACAGUUCUGAUACUCUUUAUGGAAGUUUAACAAACUCUUUGAAUAUCCCAGAGUUUGAAGAGUCCAUGAGAGACUGUGAACACGCAAGCUUGAAUAUGGAUAAUAAUAUAAAAUUUUCUGUGUGGGUUUCUUUCUUUGAGAUUUACAAUGAAUGUAUUUAUGAUUUGUUUGUUCCUGUCUCAUCUAAAUUCCAAAAGAGAAAGAUGCUACGCCUUUCCCAAGAUGUAAAGGGCUAUUCUUUUAUAAAAGAUCUACAAUGGGUUCAAGUAUCUGAUUCCAAAGAAGCAUAUAGACUUUUAAAACUAGGAAUAAAGCACCAGAGUGUUGCUUUCACAAAACUGAACAAUGCUUCCAGUAGAAGUCACAGCGUAUUCACUAUUAGAAUAUUACAGAUUGAAGAAUCGGAAAUGCCUCGUGUAAUGCGAGUCAGUGAAUUGUCUUUAUGUGAUCUUGCUGGUUCAGAACGAAGCAUGAAGACACAGAAUGAAGGUGAAAGGUUAAGAGAGACUGGGAACAUCAACACUUCUUUAUUGACUCUGGGAAAGUGUAUCAGUGUUUUGAAGAACAGUGAAAAGUCAAAGUUUCAACAGCAUGUGCCUUUCCGGGAAAGUAAACUGACCCACUAUUUUCAAAGUUUUUUCAAUGGUAAAGGGAAAAUAUGUAUGAUUGUCAACAUCAGCCAAUGUUUUCUUGCCUAUGAUGAGACACUCAAUGUGUUGAAGUUCUCAGCCAUUGCACAAAAAGUUUGUGUUCCAGACACUUUAAAUUCCUCUCAAGAGAAAUCAUUUGGACCUGUCAAAUCUUCUCAAGAUGUAUCACUAGAUAUUAAUAGUUCAGAUAAUAAAAUACUAAAUGAAAAAAGAUCCACAAUUUCAUGGGAAAGUAGUCUAGAAGAUGUGGUGGAAGAUGAAGAUUUGGUUGAGGAUCUAGAAAAAGCUGAAGAAAAGCAAAAUGUGGAAAGUGAAUUUACUGAUGAAGAUCUAGAUAAAACAUUAGAGGAUGAUAAGGCUUUCAGUAGCCAUGAGGAGAAGAGAAAACUUUUGGAUUUAAUAGAAGACUUGAAAAAAAAACUAAUAGAUGAAAGAAAAGAAAAGUUAACAUUGGAAUUUAAAAUCCGUGAAGAAGUUACACAGGAGUUUACUCAGUAUUUGGCUCAACGGGAAGCUGACUUUAAGGAAACUCUCCUUCAGGAACGAGAGAUAUUAGAAGAAGAUGCUGAAUGUCGUUUGGCUAUCUUCAAGGAUUUGGUUGGUAAAUGUGACACUCAGGAAGAACCAAGCAAUGAAGAUCGUGCCAUGAAAGCUGAAACUGAAGAAGGACAGAAUUAUGUAGGAAUUGAAGAUAUUAUUGGUUCUCUUCAAGAUGAUGUCACUGAUAUUAAGAAACAGGCUGAAAUUGCUCACUUAUGUAUUGCAUCUCUUGCUGACCCCCAGGAAGCUAUUGCUUGUUUAGAAUUAAAGUUUAAUCAAGUUAAAGCUGAAUUAGCUAAAACCAAAGAAGAAUUAAUCAAAACCCAGGAAGAGUUAAAAAAGAGAGAAAAUGAAUCAGAAAUUAAUUUAAAUUCAUUGGUUCAAGAGCUUGAGAAAUCUAUUAAGGACAAUGCUGGUACAUCUCCUUUAAUAAUAAACAAUAAAUUGGUUUGUAAUGAAAUGAUUGAAAUGUCUAAGGACAGCAAAACUAAAACGUAUUCAGGAAGAAAAAGAUUAAAUGAAAUUGAACUUCAACAAGAUGAACCACCAGCAAAGAAAGGACCUACACAUGUUAGUCCAACCAUCACUGAAGACCAAAAGAAAAGUGAAGAAAUGCAAGAGAGCAUUUCAGAAGAUGAGGAAAACAGAGUUUUACAAGAAAAUAAUGAAGAGCUGAAAACACGUUUACUCAUUGUUGAGAAUGAACUUAAAAAUGAAAAGGAAGAAAAAGCAGAAUUAAAUAAACAGCUUGUUAAUUUGCAGCAGGAACUCUCUUCUUCUGAAAAAAAGAGUUGUAGUUUUAGUGUAGAGGUCCAACAAAUUCAGUCAAAUUAUGACAAUGCGAUUUCUGAAUUACAUGUGCAGAGAGGUAUAAAUCAAGAACAGGAGGAGAGGAUCAUGAAAUUGUCAAAGGAGAUAGAAACUGCUAGAAGAAACAUCACAAAUAAUGUUUCACAAAUAAAAUUAAUGCAAACAAAAAUAGAUGAAUUGCGUACACUUGAUUCAGUUUCUCAGAUCUCAAACAUGGAUUUACUCAAUCUCAGGGAUCUGUCAAAUGGUUCUCAAGAGGAUAAUUUGCCGAAUACACAGUUACAUCUUUUGGAUAAUGAUUAUUUGAUAAGUAAGCAAGUUAAAGAAAAUGGUAUUCAAGAACUUGGUAGGGAAAGGUCUUUCCACUCUACUGUUGAAGCCAUUUGGGAAGAAUGUAAGGAGAUUGUAAAGAGUUCCUCCAAAAAAAGACAUCAGAUCCAGGAACUGGAACAACAAAUUGAAAAAUUACAGGCAGAAGUAAAAGACUGUAAAGAUGCAAACAAUAGACUAAAAACAGAGGAGAGGGAGAAUAAAAAUCAAGAUCUACUAAAAGAAAAAGAAAGUCUUAUACAGCAGCUGAAGGAAGAAUUGCGAGAAAAAGCUGUUGGUCUUGAUAUUCAAGUACAGCAUGUAGCUGAAGGAAAGAGAGCACUUUCAGAACUUACACAAGAUGUUACUUGCUAUAAGGUGAAGAUAAAGGAACUUGAAGCAAUGUUAGAAACUCAGAAAGAUGAAUGUAGCCAUUCAGCCAAGUUAGAACAAGAAAUUAUGGAAAAGGAAUCUAUCAUUUUAAAGCAAGAAAGAAAUCUGAAGGAAUUUCAAGCAAAUCUUCAAGAUUCUCUCAAAAACGCCAAAGAUUUAAGUGAAAGGGAAGUCAAAUUGAAAGAAGAAAUCACAAAAUUAACAAACAAUUUGCAAGAUGCAAAGCAUUCACUUCAAUUAAAGGAAGAAGAAAAAGAAACAAACUGGCAAGAAACAGAAAAGUUGAAAGAGGAGCUCUCUGCAAGCGCUGCUCUUACCCAGAAUCUGAAAGCAGAUCUUCAGAAGAAGGAAGAAGAUUAUGCUGAGCUGAAAGAGAAACUGGCGGAUGCCAAAAAGCAGAUUGAGCAAGUACAGAAAGAGGUAUCUGUAAUGCGUGAUGAGGAGAAAUUGUUGAGGCUUAAAAUUAAUGAACUGGAGAAAAAGAAAAACCAGUGUUCUCAGGAACUAUAUAUGAAACAGCGAACCAUUCAGCAACUUAAGGAGCAGUUAAGUAAUCAGAAAGUGGAAGAAGCUAUACAACAGUAUGAGAGAGUGUGCAAAGAUCUAAGCGUUAAAGAGAAAAUAAUUGAAGACAUGCGAAUGACCCUAGAAGAACAAGAACAAACUCAAGUAGAACAAGAUCAAGUGCUUGAGGCUAAAUUAAAGGAAACUGAAAGACUGGCCACAGAAUUGGAAAAAUGGAAGGAAAAAUGCAAAGAUUUGGAAACCAAAAGCAAUCAAAGGUCAAAUAAAGAACUUGAGGAUGACACAGAUAUACUUAAUAUAAAGCUCAGUAAGCUUCAAGAUGAGUUACAGGAAUCUGAACAGAAAUAUAAAGCUGAUAGAAAAAAAUGGUUAGAAGAAAACAUGAUGCUUCUCACUCAAGCAAAAGAAGCUGAGAAUCUACGAAACAAAGAGAUGAAAAAAUAUGCCGAAGACAGAGAGCAUUGUUUGAAGCAACAAAAUGAAAUGGAAAUGCUUAAAGCACAGUUGGCUGAGAAAGAUGGUAACCUCCAACAGUGGCGGGAAGAACGCGAUCAACUGGUUGCAGCUUUAGAAAUACAGCUGAAAGCACUGAUCUCCAGUAACAUACAGAAAGAUAAUGAAAUUGAACAAUUAAAAAAGAUCACAUCAGAAACUUCUGAAACAGAAAAACAGACCAUGGAUAUCCAGCCCAGACAUAAGAGUUCAAUGGAUCCUGGCAGGGUUGAAACUGAACCUCAGUCAACAAGUUUUGAAAUUUCCAGGGAUGAAGCAGAGGAUGGAUCUGUAGUCCUUGACUCUUGUGAAGUGUCAACAGAAAAUAAUCAAAGUUCUCGAUUUCCAAAACCUGAGUUAGAGAUUCAAUUUACACCUUUACAGCCAAACAAAAUGGCAGUGAAACACCUGGGUUGUACCUCACCAGUGACGGUUAAGAUUCCCAAGGCCCGGAAGAGGAAGAGUAAUGAAAUGGAGGAGGACUUUGUGAAAUUUGAAAAUAAGAAGAAUACUACACCCAGAACUAAUUUGAAGUCCCCUGUUUCUGAGCAUAGAAAUUCUUCUGUCAAAAAGGAACAAAAGCAAAGAAGAUAAUUGAAACAAUAAGCUCUUCAAAGCUCUCAAAUGUAGAAGUAAGUAAAGAAAAUGUGUCUCGACCAAAACGGGCCAAACGGAAACUAUACACAAAUGAAAUUUCAUCUCCUAUUGAUAUAUCUGGC